GAUCUCUGCUCUCGUGAAGGAAUGGAGUCUGCAGAGCGGCUGGCCCCUCCCUCGUCUGCCUCGCCAUCCAGGCGUGCGGCCCCCACUGCCCCCGCAACCUCGGUGGCCCCCUCCUCCAAGAGCCUGGCCCCUGAACCCCCAGCCCUGGGGUCAGCACUCACCAGCUGUGGGCACCUGUUCGGGACAGCCCGGGAACACCCGUUUAACAUGUCCUCCAUCUCAAGUGCCUUCCCCAUCGUGGGCCACCCGGCUUUUGGCAUCUACACUACAAGUUCAGGGCGCCCUGAGUUUGGGGGUCUCGGGACCCUUGGGGUGACUCCAGCCCUGGCUGCCCACCCACAGCUGGGGGCUUUCCCAGAGUGGUGGCGCAGUGCUGAGGCUCAUGGGCGUGGCCCCGCCGCCUUCUUCCCCCCACUUCUCGGCCUCCCGCCCCUCUUCGGGGCCCCUGUUCAGACCCUCGAACCCAGCACCUCCGAGGCUCGGACCCCCAGCAGGAACGGGCGAGGUGUCCCUAAAGGGGUGAACGGCGUGAUGAACGGCACCUCCCCUUCAGCAGCGUCCGUGGGCCGUGCAUCUGGCGGGACCCCGCCCACACUGGGGGCGCCCGAGGCAGCGAGGACCAGCAGCUCCAGUGGGGGCGACCAAGAAGCGGUUAACCCCCCCCAGAUCAAGAAGGAGAAGAAGCAGCGCAAGAAAGCUCUGGAGACCUCCAGCAACAGCGACAGUGAACCGGGAUCCGCUUCAGACACAUCGAGCGAAGAUGUAAGCAGUGGUGACUCCGAAGACCUGGAGGACGAUGACGAUGAAGAUGAAGAUAUUCAGAGUAUCGACAGCGAGGACUCUGACUCUGGGAGUGAAUCCCGAGUGAGGAAGGAGGUGAAGACACUAACUCAGAGCACAAGCAAAGUGGACAGGAAGCAAGCUGCCAGCGACACGGAGCCCCGUGACAAAAAUGGUAGCCAGGCACGGGGCUUCUCCACGGACCCCCCCGGCUUGCGCCUCCUUCCGUCCCGGCCCUCCCUACAGCAUCAGACCCCCACCCCGUCUGGCCUGCCGCUCUUCCAGAGCCCCGCGGGCAUAUUGGAGUCACUCAAGCUGCACCGGAGCGUCAUCCAGGCCACAGGCUUGGUGGGCAGCUCCGAGCCCCUGGCUCUGCUCACACAGCCCGGCCGGGAGGCCUCACCCAAGGCUAGAGCCCCGCCCUCCACCCCCAGUCCCCCCACUCUGUCCCCCAGCAGCGUGAAGUCGGGGAGCCGCAGUCUGUGUGAUGAGCCUCUCUCGCAGAUCCAUGACUUCACCGUGAAAGCGAAGCCGAGGACUCAGCAGGAUGCACUGAAAGCUCACAGGAAGGUGGGCUCUCCGAACCGGCCCCCUCCCCACCUGUCCCCCGAGAUUCCGGGCACCCACCGACUCGCCCUGCCCCCUGGUGGCCACGGCAACCUCUUCCUUGCCGACACCCUCUUAGGCCGUCACCGGAGCAACGGCGUCAUCCAGAGCGCCCCCCAGGAUGCCCCGCUGGCCCUGGUAGCCAAGCCGCGUGGCCAGGCCGAACCCCCCGACAAACCUCCCCUCCCAGCCCUCCUCCCAGUCAACCUCAGCACAACGGGGAAGAGCCCUUCAGCGGCCCCCCUGGCCCCGGCUGGGGUCUCGCCCUCCCCCAGGCCAGCGGCUCGCCCCAGGCAGGGGACCAGCAGGCUCCCCAGGGCAGCCCUGGCGAUGAGUGGCCUGCUGCAGAACCAUCUGGCACCCUCCCUGGUCAGCCUGUUCCGGGGGGCCGAGUUGGACAACCCUAGUGGCAAGGACUCGGAUGAGUCUGUGGGAGAGGAGGACGAGGACGAGGACGAGGAGGACGAAGAUGAGGAAGAUGAGGACGAGGAUUCCGACGGCAGUCUAUCAGAAUCUGAGACCAACUUCGGGAGUGACUCGGACCAUGAUGAGGGAGUGGGUGGCACGAGGACGGACAGCGAACUGGAGAAGACUCCGUUGAAGCUGACCAAAAGCCCUGCCCUGUCCAACACUCCCACAGACCGCGAAGGCAACUGCUCCCCCCUCAACCUCCGUGUCACGCGGACACCCAGCAUGGCCGUCUCCGCCCCAGCCUCCUCCUCCUCUUCCUCAUCCUCCUCCUCAUCCUCACACGCUAUUUGUAGACCUCCAGGGUCCGGGAAGAGACAACGGGUGACAGAUGGAUGGGAGCUCCGGGGACCCCUUGAUCUGGGGUGGCCGAGGGAAGCCCAGCUCGGGAACCUUAACGGGCGGCUGCCAGAAGACCUGGUACUCUACGGGCCAGCUGGGAAGAAGCUGCGGCAGUACCCGGACCUCGUCAAGGGAAUGCAGUGGGGCUUGUUGGAGGAUCGGGAUGGAAUUCCCCGUAUCCUGAACAUAGCAGGUCGCACUUUAAGGCCAAGUGAUGAUGCCCGCUCAAGGCGCAAGAGAGCCCGGUCCCACGAUGAUGGCGGCGAGCUUUCCGGUGCCACAGAUGCCAAACUGCUCCGCAAGCUGGAAGCUCAGGAAAUUGCCCGUCAAGCAGCACAGAUGAAGCUGAUGAGGAAGCUGGAGAAGCAGGCGCUGGCGCAGGCGGCGAAGGAGGCCCGCAAGCAGCAGGCGAUCAUGGCCGCCGAGGAGAAGCGGAAACAAAAGGAGCAGCUCAAGAUUCUCAAACAGCAGGAGAAGAUCAAGAGGAUUCAGCAGAUCCGGAUGGAGAAGGAGCUCCGAGCGCAGCAGAUCCUGGAGGCCAAACGGAAGAAGAAGGAGGAAGCUGCAAACGCCAAAAUUUUGGAGGCCGAGAAAAGGACAAAGGAGAAGGAGAUACGCAGACAGCAGGCCGUCCUCAUGAAGCACCAGGAGUUGGAGAGGCAUAGACUAGAUAUGGAACGGGAGAGGCGAACACACAUGAUGCUCCUGAAAGCUGUGGAGGCUCGCAAGAAGGCCGAGGAGCGGGAGCGCCUGAAGAAGGAAAAGCGGGACGAGAAGCGGCUGAACAAGGAGAGGAAGAUGGAACUCCGCAGGCUGGAGCUGGAGAUAGCGAGAGAGCUGAGCAAACCCAACGAGGACAUGUGCCUGUCUGACCACAAGCCCCUCCCUCAGCUGUCCCGUCCCGGCCUGGUUCUGCCUGGCGAGCCCUUCUCCGACUGCCUGAUGGUGCUACAGUUCCUGCGGAGCUUUGGCAAAGUGCUGGGGCUGGAUGUGAGCGAGGACGUGCCCAGCCUGGGCGUGCUGCAGGAGGGGCUUCUCAACGUGGGGGCCGGUGCGGGGCGCGUGCAGGACCUGCUGGUGCGCAUGCUGUCGGCCGCCGUGAGCGACCCCGGCCUGCCGCCGGGACACAGGACCAAGACGGCCCUAGGCGAGCACCUGACCAGCGUGGGCAUAAACCGGGACAAUGUCUCGGAGAUCCUGCAGAUGUACAUGGCAGCGCACUGCCAGACGGAGCUGGCGGGCAUCGUGGAGAGCCUCAAGACCAAGGCCUUCCAGGCCCACACGCCCACACAGAAGGCCUCCGUGCUGGCUUUCCUGGUCAACGAGCUGGCCUGCAGCAAGAGCGUGGUCAGCGAAAUCGACAAGAACAUCGACCACAUGACCAAUCUGAGGCGGGACAAGUGUGUGAUUGAAGGCAAACUCCGCAAGCUGAGGAGCAUCCAUGCUAAGAAGACGGGGAAGCGGGAAUCGACCGCGGGGGGUGAGGAGGCCCGAGGCGCUGGGCACCCCCACGGCAGGCAGGAAGCGCAAGCGAAGGGAGGCGACAGCGACGAGGACGACGACGAAGAGGAGGAUAGCGAUGACCAGGGCGAGGAUGACGAGGAGGAGGAUGAGGAUGGAAAGAAGACAAAGAAGGCAGAGGCCUGCGAGGAGGAGGAUGAGGGAGCCCAGGUGGCCAGUGUGGAGGAGCUGGAGAAGCAGAUAGACAAGUUGACCAAGCAGCAGAACCAGAUCCGCCGCAAGUUGUUCGAGUCGUCCCACCUGCUGCGUUCCAUGAUGUAUGGACAGGACCGAUACCGACGCCGCUAUUGGGUCCUGCCACAGUGUGGUGCUGUCUUUGUGGAGGGCCAGGGCGGCAAGGAAGGUCCUGAGGAGCACGAGACAGAGAGUGAGUGGCUGGAUGCAGCUGAUGCUGCCCAGGUCAAAGUGGAGCCCCAGAAGGAGAAGCCCUCCGAGGCCAGUAAGGAGGCGGACGGUGGCCCGGCGCCCCCUACAGAAACGCUGGAGAAGGACCCCCCCAACCUGUUCCUUCAGAAUCCUGUCUGCUUCGCUAAGCUCCUACAGACGGUUAAGAUGCUGCCUGAAGCUGGGCACCAGGUGCAGAAUGAUGUCACGGAGUCGGUCCCCCUGGUGACGGUUCCCACGGUGACAUCCGCACCUGCGCAGGCGUCUAUGCCUAGCAGCCCUCCUUCAGCAGCAGUAGCAGGGGCUCUGCCAUGCCCCCCCGGCCCCACCGCUGCCGCGUCUGGCCACACCCCCAGGCCCAGCGAACAGCUCUUCCGCACCCUGACGGAGAAAAGCGGCUGCUGGUUUCGCCUACUGCCCCGCACCCCGUGUGACGACACCUCCCUCACCACGGGCCCGCAGACCUUCACCGCCACCUCCUUGCCCAUCCGCCCGGACAUCUCUGCCGCCUUUGCUCCCCGGGAUCACACCAGCAUCACCGCUCUGGUCCUGCCAGCACUGCAGGCAAAAGCUAAUUUCCACCUCCUGGGCCCCCUGUUUGGUGCUUGGCCCAGCAGCAUGUUGGGUCCAAGCCUCUCCUUACCCAGCAGCCCUGCACUCCCCAUUCUGGGGGCAGGGUGUCCUGCACUGGAACGCAGCACCAGCCCCUGCGGCCUUGGCAAGAGUGAGUCCCCGCCCCCCGCCAGAGAGAAGCCACCCUCUCUCCCCUCCCCAGCAGUAGAAGUGGCCAAGCCCCAGGACUUUCCUACCCCCCAGCCCAUCCCAGAAGGGAUGCUUAGGGGCUGGUGGAAGGUGGAGAGCAUGGAUGAGCUGCGGACGCUGGCCAACGCCCUGCACUGCCGGGGCGUGCGAGAGAGGGCGCUUCAGAAGCAGAUCCAGAAGCACAUGGAGUUUAUUGGCCAAGCCUUCACCAGAAAUGGAGACACCGUCGCCAUCGACAUCACAGAGCUGGAGGAGAGCCAGGUGACCGAGGAGAUGCUGGAGAAUUGGUGCGUGGAGGAGCAGGCCAUGGAGGUGGACAUCGGCGUCCUGCAGCAGGUGGAAGAGCUGGAGCGGAAGGUCACCUCAGCCAGCCUGCAGCUCAAGGGCUGGAUUCACCCCGAGCCCCAGUCAGAGAGAGAGGACCUGGUCUAUCGCGAACACAAGGCGUCCACGGGGCCGUCCCCAGCGGGCGAUGCGGCGCAGGAGGGCGGCAUCUCGCGGCACCCCGACAACCCCCUAGAUAUAGCCGUAGCCAGACUGGCUGAGCUGGAAAAGAACUUAGAGAGAAGGUACCUGAAGAGCCCGCUAAGCAGCACUGUCCAGAUCAGACUGGACAGUGUGGGUACAGUCACUGCGCCUGCAGCAUCCGCUAGUGCUGACGGUGACGGGGAGGAGGAGGACAUCGCCCCGGGGCUGAAGGUGUGGCGGAAGGCCGUGAGCGAGGUCCGCAGCGCCGCUCAGCUGUCGCUUUGCAUUCAGCACUUGCAGAAGUCAGUUGCUUGGGAGAGGUCCAUCAUGAAGGUGUACUGUCAGAUGUGCCGAAGGGGUGACAACGAGGACCUGCUCCUGCUCUGUGACGGCUGUGACAAAGGAUGGCAUACUUACUGUCACCGACCCAAAAUCACCAGCAUCCCGGAAGGCGACUGGUUCUGUCCAACCUGCAUAUCCAAGGCCAGCGAUCAGUCACCCAAAAACAAAAAACUGCUGAGCAAAAGUGGUGCAAGUGGAGGGGGCAGCAAGAAAACCCCCGAGGUGAAGCGGGUCAAGAAGGCGUCCGCCGGGGGGGAGGCCUCCGAGGACGGGGUGGGCAGCGCGGGCGGCACGCCAAAGAAAGCCCCCAAAGAUCCGAAAAAAAAGAAAGUGGAGGAGGCGCCCCCUGCUGGCCCAACCAAGCCAGACAGUCCCACCUGCGCAAAGAUGCCAAAGCCUUCCCAGGACAAUGACAGGGACCUGACCUUCUGCAGAAUCCUCCUGGCAGAGUUAGAGGACCACCACGAUGCCUGGCCCUUCCUCAACCCCGUCAACAUGAAGACUGUACCCGGGUACCGGAAGGUGAUCAAGAAGCCAAUGGACUUCUCCACCAUCCGUGAGAAGCUCUGCAGCUGCCAGUACCAGAACCUCGAGAUGUUCAUCAUUGACGUCAACUUGGUUUUCGAUAACUGUGAAAAGUUUAACGAAGACAACUCCGAGAUCGGACGGGCCGGACACAACAUGAGGAAGUUCUUUGAGAGACGCUGGACAGAACUUCUGAAGAGUAACUAGUCUGGUCCUAAGCGUUGUCCUCGGUCCCCUCAGACAGCUACCUGUCCACCUCAUGUACAGCCCGGUGUGCCCAUAAGCGUUGUGCUAAGCAGACAGAUUCCCCCGACGCUCGAGGCUGAUGGCCCCUUCAGCACCCGGUGGGGGGGGGAGGUGGGGGCAACAGAAGCCUAUGAAUAAUGGCACAAAAAUGCACCCAAGGAGUCUCAGAUGGGUCAGUCUUUGUGCAAUACAAGAUACCAGAAACCGCACUGAAUUUACAUCCCUCAGAGCCAUCUGGGAAGUGACUCUCCACUACCUUCACAUAGUUUAUUUUUCCUUUGUUUAAUCUAUACCAUGAAUAUUAUAGUGAAUGUAUUUAAUUUUAUUUAUGAGUAAAAAAAAAAGUCCAGUCUUCAUUUUCUGUGAAAAGGAAGAAAUGACAGAAAUUGCUUUAAAAUCUUAAGGAAUGUUUUUUCGUAUAUAAAACAAAGCCAAGAAAACUGAAUACUGUUUACACGCUUCAGUGUCUCCAGGAGGCUGGUCACGGUAAUACUGUAGAGCUGCAUUUAUAUAUGAAUAGGGGUUUUGCAUCACAUGGUUGUGAGAGAGAAUCACGUGACUUGCGUGCGUGCGUGCGUGUGUAUGUGUACUGCAUUCAUUAAUGUUCAGUCUUGUUUGGAAUAUGUAUGAUGUGUACAUAGUGAUUCAGACAUGAAAUAUUGUUUAUGCCUUAGGAAGACUGUAGCCUUUUACUUUAGUCUUAAAGUGAUUAUGCAUAUAGAGUCUGUACAGCACUGUUCUGCUUACACUGUGGUCUCCUUAAUCUUGGUAGUGCCUGCCUUUCCAAUGAAACAUAGGGGUAUUUGUAUUUCCUAAUUUCGCUUUUAUUUAUUGUUAUUUUUAACCCUUACUGUAUCUCAGUUCGUGUUACCAUUGGGGUUAAUGUUUGUAUUUACCGCAGUACAAAAUCUUUUUCACGAACAUUCUUGCCCGUGUCGAGACACACACACGUAACAGCCCUCUGUCACCAACCCAUGGUCAAUUGAAAUAAUAAUGACAAUAAUAAUAAUAAUAAAUUGUUUGAACCUUGCUGUGUGUUGUGGCCCACUAGAGGCAGCUAGACCAGAUUGGUUUUGUAACCCAUGUCAGAGUACUUGAAGUUAUUUUAUUUAAAUAUAUUGUGGGGGAAAAAAAUGUAGCAUUUUUUGUAGAAUCAUUAUUUUUAACUUUGUGUAUGCGUGUAUGUGUGUGUUUGUAUGUGUGUAUGGGGGGGGGCACAAAGCUAAGAAUAAAAGGAUGUUUUACAACCCAAAA